AUGAGUCGAGCCCGGCGUCAGAUUAUAGGCGUUUGCCUGGGGGGCUUUCUUAUUGCUCCUGGUUUACCGCUAUCAUCGCACAAACGACGGCAUUCUUCCCUCGACCACUCCACAUGCUGCACCCGAAUGCGAUACCCAGUUGCUGAAGUCCAGCCACUACCAGUCACACUGCCCAAGACGCUGCCCAAGGUCCAAUCCGCAGACCCCAAAGUAUCCCGUCUCAAUUUGGACCGCCAAACUACCAGACAGUCGGCCGCGAAAGAAGCUUUCGAACUAUGUUGGAAGUCAUACCGGUCGCUUGCUUGGGGUGCAGAUGAACUUGCGCCUCUCAGUGGUAGUCCUAAAAAUAUGUUGGGGGGAUGGGGUGCUACCCUAAUUGAUAACCUUGACACACUGUGGAUUAUGGGGAUGCACGAUGAAUUCAAGAAGGCCGUGGCUGCGGUCGCAAAUAUAAAAUUUGAAUAUGCAAAGUGUCCCGAAAUUAAUACCCAUGAUGUCAACGUCCAUUUACUCGGAGGCUUGCUGGCAGCAUUUGAUCUCAGCGCUGAUCAGAAACUCCUGGAAAAGUCUAUCGAGCUGGGCGAUAUGCUUUACGCUGCCUUUGAUACUCCAAACAGAAUGCCCGUCAUACAUUGGAAUGCAAAUAAAGCUGCCCACCGAGAGGAGCAGCUUGCGGAGGAGAGUGUACUCGGUGCGGAACUAGGCUCCUUCAUAUUGGAAUUCACAAGGCUGUCUCAGAUCACUGGUGACCCAAAAUACUUCGAUGCAGCCCAACGAGUCAUGGAAUUGUUUGACAAAAAACAGGACGCUACCAAGCUAGCAGGGCUGUGGCCCGUCUCCGUGAAUGCCAAAGAAGAGCUUUUCGAUGACGAUACCUUCACAUUGGGGGCCGAAGCAAGCUCUCUAUACAAGUCGCUACCCCGGGCAUACGCCUUGCUAGGAGGGAAAGUGCCCAUGUAUCGCAAGAUGUACGAGAAUGCCACGUUUACCGCCACAAGCCACAAUAUAUUCCGACCAAUGAACCCCGAGGGCAAGGAGGUGCUCCUUUCCGGAACUGUUCGAGUAACCACGACAGAGAAUGGGAAUUCGCAAACACACCUAGAGUCGCAAAUGCAGUACCGAUCUUGUUUUGCGGGGUUGACCGAUGGAUGCAUUUGGGCUCAUCGGGUCAUACCACUGGGGAUUAUGCCCGAAGCCUUUGAUGUAGUUCCAUGUGCAUCAGAGAUAAACUGCCCAUGGAGCGAGUGGCUUUGGAAGCAAGAGGUCUGGAAAAAGGCGAACAGUCUCGAGCCAGAACCAAAUCCAACUCUGAAGGUCGUCAAUUUCAUCAAAGAACACCGUCUGCCCAAGGGGUUCAUCGGAAUCUCGGACACUGCUUAUAACUUGCGUCCGGAAGCGAUCGAGAGCAUGUUUACCCUCUACCGCAUCAGUGGACGUGAGGAUCUACUCGAUGCAGCUUGGGAUAUGUUCCAGGCGAUGCAAAGUGCGACACAGACGAAGAAUGGUAAUGCUGCCAUCGUUGGUGUCACGGAUAAGGGUGGCGAGUUGACCCUAAAAGACUCGAUGGACAGCAUGUGGAUGUCGCAGACACUCAAAUAUUUCUAUCUCAUGUUCAGCUCUCCAGAUAUGAUUAGUUUGGAUGAGUUUGUUUUCAACGCUGGAGGACAUCCGCUGAAACGGCCCAAGACAUCAUGA